AUGUCUAUUAGAAGUCUUCAUUUGAAGAAAAUUUCAUGGCUUUCUUAUCGGAUUGUCACAGACAAUAUCCACGGGAGAAUUCGGCGAUCCUUUACUAGACACUUCAAUUUAGCUCCUUCAUUCGAUACAGACAUGAACAUUGCGUCAAAGUUAUUGGUCAGACAAUGUUUUUCUCGCGGGUUUGCAUCAGUAAAACGAGUAUCUCGAGCUUCUGUUUCGUCUCCUCCACAUGCUGAUUUACUCUCUUAUAUUAGAGCUUCACUUGAUAAACUUGAAGGUCCUUCCCAUCGUUGGUUGAAUCGAGACAUUGGGAAUAAACAGCUUUACAAGGACAAAGGAACUUAUGUAGUUCUCGCUGGACAUUUGCUUAAUGGAACAAGUGAUCUGAUUGAGAAACUAAAAUUGCUGCAGCAGAGGUCUCCGGGUGUCUUUUUCAUGGGCAUCCACUUCAGUGAUCGAAUCACUGAUGAUCGAGCUGCUUUGGCUGAGUUGAUUGUGAAGGAAUACCUUACUUUUCCUGUACUACAUUCUGAGAAAGAAUUUCCUAAGACAACUGAGGAAGUACGCUACAUCGUGUUUAAAGAUUUUAAGAAUCCUUUAAUCUAUCAAGAGAAGGAUCUGGAUAUCGCUUCUGUAGCUAAAGUUCUUGACAACCUCACUCAAGAUACUGAGAAAUCCAAGUCUGUCAAACUUUUCACAAACACUUGGUCAAAACAGGCUGAGGUUAUCAAGGAACCACAUUUCUCUUCUUUCUUGCAAGAUUUGUUUCUUUACUUUCCAGGUUGUAUCUCUGCAGAUGAAAUUGGGGAUCGUCUCUUUCUCUCUGAUAGCAACCAUCAUCGUAUUAUUAUAUUGGAUAACAGUGGGAAGCUUUUAGACAGUAUUGGUUGUUUCCCAGGUUUUGAGGAUGGAGAAUUUGAAUCUGCAAAGAUGUUACGACCUGCGGCAACCCUCUAUGACAAAGAGGAGGAUUGCCUUUACAUUGUAGAUUCUGAGAAUCAUGCCAUUAGAAGAGCAAAUAUAAAUACGCGGGUUCUGGAAACGGUAUAUCCAAAGGUUAUUAAGAAGAGUGGUGGCGUAUGGUCUUGGAUAAUGGAGAAAUUGGGUCUUGGAAAAGAUGAUGAUACAACAGUUGAUGCUGAUGCCAAAUCAGAAGAAUCUGAUGCUCACUCCCUUAUGUUUCCAUGGCAUAUACUGAAGCGUGAUGAAGAUAGUCUUUUAAUCAUUAACAAAAGCUUUACGAAGUUAUGGAUAGUAAAUCUAGCUGCAGGAGAAAUCGAAGAAGUUGUGGAAGGGUUUCCGGGGAUAAUGGAGAUCUGUGGGGAAUUGAUCACAGAGAAGCUAUCAGUAUUGAAACAUUUACCUUCUAAUUGGUUGAAACAGCAAACUGAGGCUAUCACCUCGUGCAAGGAGCCGCCAAGUGUUUCCCUUUUGUCUUCUUUCUCUAAACUUGGCAACGACGUUGUCAUGACAGAUAUAGCUUGUCAGAGGUUGUUGAAGCUAGAUGGAGAAUCUGGAGCAUCCUCUAGUGUUCGGUUCUCAAAUAUUGGGAUCCUUGGGUUGCCCUAUUGGUUGUCCAUUCCACUGGAGAGAGUUUUUAACCUAGCUAAUGGAGUUCAGGAAGCACACAUCAGUCAUAAUCACGAACUCCGGUUGUUACCAGGUAAAAUUAGCAUACGGUUGAACAUAGAGAUUCCUCCAUGCACAGAACUUGUUGAACCGAUACAAGAAAGCUGCAUAUGGCGACAGGCAAGAGGCGUAAUCACUGAAGUCUCGAAUGCUGGAAGCGCAGAGGAACCUUCUGAAAAGGUUGGAGUCUCACAACAAUGGUAUGAUGAAUUAGACAGCCUCGCCAAAGAAAUAGCCACCCCCGAAUUAGCUGAGGAAGAGGAAGAAGUAGACGAUACUAUCCCUUCUGAGAUCGAAAGCGAAGAAGAUGGACGGAUUCACAUCGAUUGUACUGUCAAUACAAGUCCUGGCUCAGGCGAGCUUAUUGUUUAUGCAGCUCUGUAUUUAAGACUGGCGAAGAACGAAGAGACAGAAAGUGCGAACCAGGAAGAACUGGCGAGGAGAAUAACAGACAUUUUAAAGCCGGCAAUGAACAUGACGACGAUGAAUGAAGAUUUGUUUGUGAAACUAUUGUUGAAGUCAAAGAGAGAAUUGAGAGACAUUGUUUUCUUGAAGCCGAUGCAUGUCCGGAUUAGGUUAGACUCGAUGGAUCACCCGAAAGCCGAGAACUCAAGAGAUGUAAUCCUGACCGACUCUUCUGCUCAGGUUGAUGUCUCUCUUUGA